GCGGUAUCAAUUACAAAUCAACAGUGAACAACAACAGUUCUCAUCAAUUUGUCACGAAAAGUUCAACAAAAAUAUUUUGCCAUUCCAAAGUAUUCAGCAACUUAGCAACAAAGUAUUAGAACUAUUUGUCAGCCUUUGCAAAUAGAAAAAAAAGUUUAUAUAAUUUGAAGAUCUCUUCAAGAUGCCGCACCUAGUUGAUCGUUACAUCCAGUUACCGGCAGCUGCCAUGGGUAGUCCUAAGCUCAAAACAGUGCCAAAAGCUAUCCACAAUCAUCUGCGAGGAUUUCCGGUGGUCAAUGGACAGCUGACUCAACUGUCGGCCAAAGUUCGCGAUUAUGUGGAACAGUCUGCAGCGCUCUGUCAGCCGGACAAAAUUCACAUCGUCGAUGGUAGUGAUCAAGAAAGCAAAAAUCUGCUCAAACUGUUACACAUCCAAGGUACUAUCCAACCGCUUCCCAAGUACGACAACUGCUGGCUGGCUCGUACCAAUCCAGCCGAUGUGGCACGUGUCGAAUCGAAGACUUUCAUUUGUACCGAAAAACGUGAACAAGCCAUCCCCACGACAAAGGAAGGAGUCAAUGGCGCCCUCGGAAACUGGAUUUCACCUGAAGGUUACGAAGAAGCUAUCCAGAAGCGAUUCCCCGGGUGCAUGAAGGGUCGCACAAUGUACGUAGUCCCAUUCUCGAUGGGACCUAUUGCUUCGCCGCUUUCGAAAGUCGGAAUCGAGAUAACGGAUUCUGCCUAUGUCGUCAAUUCAAUGCGCAUCAUGACGCGUAUGGGAGAGCAGGUGUUAGAUAAGCUGUCUGAUAAUUCGGAUUUUGUAAAAUGUCUACACUCGGUUGGAACACCAGCCAAUGGAAAAAUUUCCAUGCCAUCGUGGCCUUGUGACCCGGAACGGACUAUAAUCCUGCAUAAACCAGACCUGAACGAGAUCGUGUCAUACGGUUCUGGUUAUGGGGGCAACUCUCUGCUUGGCAAAAAAUGUUUCGCCCUGCGUAUUGGAAGCACCAUUGCCCAACGUGAAGGAUGGCUUGCGGAACACAUGCUGAUUUUAGGUAUUACAAAUCCUAAUGGUGAUAAGAAGUACAUCGCGGCCGCUUUCCCAUCUGCCUGUGGCAAAACCAAUCUGGCUAUGAUGACACCGACCCUUCCUGGUUAUAAGGUCGAGUGCGUUGGUGAUGACAUCGCUUGGAUGAAAUUCGAUUCCAAAGGUCAAUUGCGAGCCAUCAACCCAGAAAACGGCUUCUUCGGCGUGGCUCCUGGAACCUCAUACGCCACCAAUCCUAACGCUAUGAAAACAGUUUUCAAAAACACCCUCUUCACCAACGUUGCAUCCACAUCCGAUGGUGGAGUAUUCUGGGAAGGCAUGGAGAGCGAAAUAGCACCUGGAAUAGAGAUCACCGAUUGGUUAGGUCAACCCUGGAAAAUGAAUGAAACUAAAACUCCCGCUGCCCAUCCUAACUCUCGAUUUUGUUCUCCAGCGGACCAGUGUCCGAUCAUAGACCCCGCCUGGGAAGACAACGAAGGUGUUCCAAUUUCAGCCAUCCUCUUUGGAGGUCGUCGACCGGAAGGUGUACCUCUAGUUUACGAAGCCAAUUCAUGGGCCCACGGUGUCUUCAUCGGAUCAGCUAUGCGCAGUGAAUCUACUGCGGCAGCCGAACACAAGGGCAAAGUAAUCAUGAACGACCCCUUCGCCAUGCGUCCGUUCUUCGGUUACAAUUUUGGAGAUUAUUUGAAGCAUUGGCUCAGCAUGGAACAACGCGCAGUUGCCGUCGGAGGAUCAGUGCCGAAGGUAUUCCAUGUCAACUGGUUCCGGAAGGAUGGCAGUGGCAAGUUCCUCUGGCCAGGCUUCGGUGAGAACAGUCGGGUGCUGGAUUGGAUCAUUCGACGAAUCGAUGGAGAAGAAUGCUCCCAGCAAACUCCGAUCGGUCGCAUUCCUGCUCAGGGAGCUCUCAAUACUGAUGGAAUGUCGCAGCGAGUCGACGAAAAGCAGUUGUUCUCGAUCCCGAAACAGUUCUGGCUCAAGGAAGUCGAGGAAAUCAAACAAUACUACGAUAAUCAGUUACCUCACGAUAUUCCCACGGAAAUCACCAAAGAAUGGCAGGAACUCAAGAGUCGCGUGGAAGAUAUGUAGAAGACAUACAAAACCCUCUUGUAAAUAUUCGUCUAGUUCAUCGUUUCAAGUGUCUCAUGUCGUUAAGUAUUAAUAAUAAUGUAAAUACGUAAAACAAUCGAACAAUAUUUGAAUAAAUGCAUUUAGUCAAGAUUUUUUAAAUAGA